UGUGAAAACAAGGAAGCCGAGACAAGGAGACAAGUAGGAGAGGAGAUGAGAGAGGCUUUGGAAGUGAAUUUGAGGGAUAAGGAGAGGGAGAAGGUGUUAAUUUGUAGUGCCUAA